UAUACAUACCUUGGCUAUAUGUUAUCCACCUUAUAUAUCCUAUGAAACGGUAUAUAGAUGCCUUUUACGCAACUUGGAUCCGUUCAUAUUUAUACCAUAUUUAUAACUAAAGGCUGCAAACUCAACCCGUUACCAAUAAUUCAUCAGUGAAUAAUAGUCGCUCAUAAUGACAUCUUUAUUUGGCCUCGCACGGCGCAAUUGGUUGGCGUUCAAUCCUUCCGAAACCCCCAAGUCGGCUGGUCCGCUCCGGUUCGGAAUCCUCGGCGCCGCUGAUAUUGCACCGAUGGCUCUUAUCCUCCCGGCAAAGACUCAUCCGGAUGUUGUAGUCCUGGCCGUAGCCGCUCGAGAUCCGAAGAAGGCAAAAGCCUAUGCCCAGAAACAUGGUAUACAAGAGGUGUCUUCGAACUAUCAAGACUUGCUCGAUAACCCUAACAUUGACUGCGUCUAUAUACCUUUGCCUAAUGGAUUACACUUUGAGUGGGCUCUUCGGGCCUUGAAAGCUGGGAAGCACGUUUUAUUAGAGAAGCCGUCAGUAGACAACGUAACUGAAGCUGAGGCUCUCUUCAAGAAUCCGAUUCUUAACAACCCUAAGGCGCCGGUUCUGCUCGAGGCUGCGCAUUAUGCUUUCCAUCCUGCUUGGACUACGUUUAUGUCAUACGUUUCACCUGCCGACGUUUCCAGUGCGAAAGCAGUGCUUUGGGUUCCGAAGUGGAAGUUCGCCGCUGACGACAUCAGAUAUCAGUAUGAUCUGGGAGGAGGCGCGCUCAUGGAUCUUGGAGCAUACACGGCGAGCGCUCUUACUCGCGUGUUUGGCGCUGUGGCAGAGGAAUGUGAAGAAUGCCUCACUCAGGCAGCCUCCUACGAUUCGAGAUGUGACCAGCUUUUCAAGGCACGGUAUAAAUUUCCAGGCGGAGGGCGGGGCGAGAUGGAGGGCGAUCUAAAAGCAUCCCUUGAUCGCGUGUUGCCUGAAAUUUACGUGGAACAUAUUCCUAUAGUAGUAUCUAGUGCGGAUGUAAAGAUCCAAGUCCCCAAGGAUCAGGAAGUAGUGCGCACACGGAAGAUCAAGUUCUCAAAUUUCGUCAUGCCCACGAUUUUUCAUUCCAUCCAGAUAGACGACGAGUUCCUAACAAGGAAGAUUGGGGAUAAGUCUGGGAACGCUAUCAAGAAGUGGACGAAGAGCAAGACAGUCAAGGCCUACACGUUCAAAGAAGUUGACAUCAACCAACCGGGUGAGGCUUUCUGGACGACUUACCGAUACCAGCUGGAGGGAUUCGUUAACAAAGUUCGUGGGCAUGAAGCACGACAGUGGGUGACCGGCGCUAAUUCGAUCAAUGCCGCAAAGAUGAUCGAUAUGGCUUAUGCAGCCGCGAAGUUGCCAUUGCGACCUACGAGUAAGUUGGUAGAUAGUAGUAUAUAGCGACUCAGGGAGGAUAGUUGUUUCUAGUAUGCGGUGCGUAUAUGCCAAGGGAUGGAUAUAUAGGUAUAUAUAUACCUAUAU